CGCUUCAGCACCCGCCGAGCCGGACAGCGCCUGCUGCAUGGAGCUGCCCGCCGCGGCCGCGGACGCAGUCGGGAGUCCAGCCGCCGCCGCCGCCGCCCUCAUCUCCUUCCCGGGGGGCCCCGGGGAGCUGGAACUGGCGUUAGAGGAGGAGCUGGCGCUGCUGGCGGCCGGGGAAAGGCCGUCCGACCCCGGGGAGCAUUCUCAGGCCGAGGUCGGGCCUCCGGCCGAGGGGUCCGGACUGCAGCCGCCACCCGCCCAGGAUCCCGAGCUGCUGUCGGUAAUCCGGCAAAAGGAGAAGGAUCUGGUGUUGGCUGCCCGGCUGGGCAAGGCGUUGCUCGAGAGGAACCAGGACAUGAGCCGGCAGUACGAGCAGAUGCACAAGGAGCUGACAGACAAGCUGGAGCACUUAGAACAAGAGAAACACGAACUGAGAAGACGAUUUGAGAACCGAGAAGGGGAAUGGGAAGGGCGUGUGUCAGAGCUGGAGAGUGACGUGAAACAGCUUCAGGAUGAGUUGGAGAGGCAGCAGGUUCAUCUGCGGGAAGCAGAUCGAGAAAAAACACGGGCCGUCCAGGAAUUAUCAGAACAGAACCAGAGGUUAUUGGAUCAACUCACCAGGGCAUCAGAAGUUGAGAGACAACUCUCCAUGCAAGUCCAUGCCCUCAGAGAAGACUUCCGGGAGAAAAACUCCUCAACCAACCAGCACAUCAUCAGGCUCGAAAGCCUUCAGGCUGAGCAGGUUCUUGAAAUCAAGAUGCUGUCGGAUCGGAAACGGGAGCUGGAGCAUCGUCUCAGUGCCACCCUAGAGGAGAAUGACCUGCUCCAGGGGACUGUGGAGGAGCUACAGGACCGGGUGCUGAUUCUGGAGAGGCAAGGCCAUGACAAAGACCUACAGCUGCAUCAGAGCCAGCUGGAGCUCCAGGAGGCGCGACUCUCCUACCGACAGCUGCAGGUGAAGGUGGAUGAGCUCACGGAGGAGAGGAGCCUGCAGAGCUCCGCUGCCACCAGCACGUCCCUUCUGUCCGAGAUAGAACAGAGCAUGGAGGCCGAGGAGCUGGAGCAAGAGAGAGAGCAGCUGAGACUGCAGCUCUGGGAGGCCUACUGCCAAGUUCGCUAUCUCUGCUCGCACCUCCGAGGGAACGACAGUGCCGACUCGGCCGUCUCCACGGACUCCUCGAUGGACGAGUCUUCAGAGACUUCAUCUGCCAAGGAUGUGCCGGCCGGCAGCUUGCGCACGGCCCUGAGCGAGCUCAAGCGGCUAAUACAGAGCGUCGUGGACGGCGUGGAGCCCACGAGCUCCCGGAGAAUUGACGAUGACUCCUUAGAAGAACAGAUAAGGCAGACCAGUGAGGACUCAAGAGCCCUAAGGGAACUCAUGGAGGGAGAGAGGGGUAAACUGAGGCAAAGCCUAGAGGAGCUGCAGCAACUCCACAGUCAGGUGACACUGCUGAGUGUGGAGAUGACUGCACUGAAGGAGGAGAGAGACCGACUCAGAGUGACAUCUGAGGACAAGGAGCCAAAGGAGCAGCUUCAGAAGGCCAUCCGGGACCGCGAUGAGGCCAUUGCAAAGAAGAAUGCUGUGGAGCUGGAACUCGCCAAGUGCAGGAUGGACAUGAUGUCUCUGAACAGCCAGUUGCUGGAUGCCAUUCAGCAGAAACUGAACCUCUCGCAGCAGCUUGAGGCUUGGCAGGACGACAUGCACAGGGUCAUUGACCGACAGCUGAUGGACACGCACCUGAGGGAACGGAGCCGGCCUGCUGCUGCCCUCCCCAGGGCCCACGGCGCGGGGCGCGGGGACGAGCCCAGCACCGCCGAAGGCAAGCGGCUCUUCUCAUUCUUCAGGAAAAUUUAGGUCGGGAGGAGUCAGGCCAGCAGGGAUGGGUACACUAGAGGGGACUGAGCGUGCGAGGCCCCAGCACACCAUGCUUGCACACGAGGGCUCCCCUGGGCCAGCUCAGCGGCCGCACUGCCCACCCACACUGGGGCCCAGUCAUCCAGAAGAGCCCAUGCGGCCUCUGACGGCUGCCCUCGACAGAGGGACAGGCGGGAGCCGUGUCCCUCCUGCCAGGCCACGCCCGGCCUAGGCUGCCCCCAGAUCCUGCUGCCUCCGGAGCAGCCCCUCGGGCUCUGCCACGCAGAUGCAGCAGAUCAUGGCCCACC